AUGGCUGGCCUCACCAACUCCGCCAUCAUUGUCAUUGUUCUUGUCGCCUGUCUCGCAGUCACGGCGUUGGGCGCAUCUCUCUUCAAACACUACAAGCCCGCUGACGGCGAGACCCCAUUCAGCCCGGGCUAUGAGCAGAAGCUAUACAUGGCCGAAGUGCGCGCACGAGGGUUUGAGGAUCUCCAACAAGCAUGCUGGGGUCGCGACCUUGAGUCCCGCUAUGUCCGGCACCCGAGCUACUACCAUCGCCCCCACAUCCAGACCGAAGACACUACCAACACUACAAGCUCCUGA